AUGGGCUCAUCGUCAAUUUUAAGAUGUAGGAGAAGGCCCUCUGGCUGCUUGAUUCAAGAACUUCCUAAUGGUUACUCAAAGGUCACUUGGAUUGAACAUGUUGAAGUUGAUAAUGGGGACGUUCAUGAUAUCUAUAAGGUACUAGUAAACUCUGGUCUUGCAUUUGGUGCAAAAAGAUGGGUAGCCACUUUAGAUAGACAAAGUGAACGACUUGCAAGUGCAAUGGCUAGCAAUAUUCCUGCAGGAGAUGUCGGAGGCAAGUGUCCUAUUAUAAUGUCUCCAAAAGGGCGAAAGAGUAUGUUAAAGUUAGCAGAAAGAAUGGUUUUGAGCUUCUGUAGUGGGGUUGGUGCUUCGACUGCUCACACAUGGACAAGUUUAUCUGGUAGUGGAGGAGAUGAUGUGCGUGUAAUGACCCGAAAGAGUGUAGAUGAUCCAGGCAGGCCUUCUGGUAUUGUGCUAAGUGCUGCAACUUCAUUUUGGUUACCAGUUCACCCAAAACAGCUUUUCAAUUUUCUCUGUGAUGAGAACUCUAGGAAUGAGUGGGACAUCCUUUCGAAUUGUGGGCAUGUUGAAGAAACCGCACACAUUGCCAACGGCCGUGAUCUAGGAAAUUGUGUUUCCCUUCUGCGUGUUAAUAGUGCCAAUUCAAGUCAGAGCAACAUACUCAUCCUACAAGAGAGUUCAACCGAUUCUACAGGUUCAUAUGUUAUAUAUGCACCAGUGGAUAUUGGUGUGAUGAAUGUUGCAUUAAAUGGAGGUGAUCCAGAUUAUGUUGCGUUGCUUCCAUCUGGUUUUGCCAUACUUCCUGAUGGACCAGUAGAUUAUGAAGGAGGAGCUCUUGUUAGUGGAACUGGUGGAUCAUUACUCACCAUCGCAUUCCAUAUUUUAGUAGAUUCGGAUCCUACAUCCAAAUUGUCACUAGGAUCGGUGGCAAUAGCUAAUAGUCUUAUUAAGUCCACGGUUGAAAGAAUCAAAGUUGCAGUAGCUUCUAACAUGAGUAAAGCAAUGGGGAUUUAAUAAGUGGUGUGAAGGAAAGGGGAAAACAUCUUUGAAGGCGAAAAUUUCUCUGUUAUCUUUAAGAAUAGAUGAAAGAAGUCAAGAACGAACCAGAACGAUCCAUCCAUUAGAAAUUUUCAAGGUUUAUCAAUGUUCGGGUAUUGACUUUGCAUAUCUUGAAGAUUAUACAGUAAAUUUAGACCUUGUCGAUUAAAUACUAGUUAAAAUUCCCAAACACUUUUUUUUUUCUGUUGGGUUUCAUUAGAGAUUUUCAGUCUUUUGUGUUGUCUGGAUUAGAAGUAAACUGGUAACCUGGAUUAAGCUACAUGCAACAACUCUUACUUCCGGCUUAGAACUUGUAUCCAAUGUUUAGCUAUUCCUUGGUUUAAUACUUAUGUUAGGA